CCAUGUUGUGGAAGGUGUUUUCUUCCUCUUUCAGUCAGUGUGUGUAAUGGAGAGACACCCGGGGGUCGGAUCCGCACAGAAAAGCACCGAGAAAAUAGCUGCCAAUAUCAAAACGCUUAAACAGUAACAACAGAACCGUUUAUUUCCUAUCUCAAGAAUCAGUGAGAGCUUAAUUGCAGUGCCCGGUGGUAAUUUUUUUUACAAUAGGAGAGAGAUAUAUAAUUUUUGAGUAAAGACAAAAGGGAGAGAGCGAGAGAAAAUGUCUCUCGAAAGCCUCACCUCCUCCAACAAGCAGUCCCCCCAAAACGAACACAACAACAUCAACCUCACUGAGUCAGGAGACGAAAGGGAAGAAGGAGAACUGGAAGAAGGAGAAUUAGAAGAUGAUGGUGAGGAAAUCGAAGCUCAAGAGGAGUCCCAGGAGAAAAUCAAGAAAGAGAAAUGUGAAAAACAGGAAAGGGAUCAUGAGGAUGAUGAGAAAGAUAAGGAUAAGGACAAAUCCCAUCGUAGGAUGAAGAGAAAACGAAAAAAAGAAAGGGAAAAAGAAAAGAAGAGGUCAAAAAAGAAACGGAAAUCAAAGCACAAGAGACAUGUAUCUUCCAGUGAUGAUUUUUCUGACUAUAGUGACGAAUCUGACUAUAGUCCUGGGGAGAAGGGAUAUCGGAAGUAUCGGGAAUACAGUCCACCAUAUGCACAGCCACCUUAUCCAUCCCCUUCAGGGGCUCCAUUACCAAAGAAGACAUACGUAAAAGCUGAAAAGGUGAACUAUAACAUGUAUGAGGAGUAUGAGGAUGAUCAGUAUGUUGACUAUGAAGAAGAGGAUGAGCAAGUGCCAGAUGAGGAAGAAGAAGAUUACGAUGAUUUUGCCAAGGAGUUGAGCCAAUACAGGAAAGCAAAGGAGGCUUCUCAACAACAACACCAACACCAGCAGCCGCAGUCCCAUUUGCCCAUGGGACACAAUAGGGGGCGUGGAGCAUCAGGUCCUGGUCGAGGUGGUGGUAGAGGACGUGGUAUUCGAGGCAGAGGUGGCCGAGGAAGAGCUAGGGGACGGGGUGGAAGAGGAGGCAGAGGAGGAACACAUGGCCAAGUGCAUGGACCACAAGGACAUGCGUCGGGGCCAGGACAUGGACCAUCAGAACAUGGACCUCCAGGACAUGGGCCUGGGCCUGUGCAUGGUCCCCAGGGACAUGGUCCCCCAGGUCAUGCGCAAGGAUCAGGACCAGGACAUGGGCCCCCUCCAUGCCAUGGACCUGGGCCUGGUCAUGGCCCGCCUCCGUGCCAUGGCCCCGGUCCAGGCCACGGACCCCCUCCAGGUCCUGGACAUGGACCUGGUUCUGGUCUUGGACCAUCAGGACAUGGGCCUGGUCCAGCGUAUGGAUCCCCUGGGCAUGGACCUGGACCAGGGCCAUCAUAUGGAUCCCCUGGUCAUGGUCCUGGGCCAGGACACGGACCACCAGGACAUGGACCACCUGGACAUAUGAUGGAUCCCAUGGUUGAAUGUGACGAUGAUCUUUAUGAUGAAGAUAUGCAGGAUUUUGGUGAAGCGAUGCAUAGAAGAAAUGUGCAUGAUCUUGGACAUCAGCCGUGUGGAGAGAAGAAAGGGAAAGUACUCUGCAAGUUCUUUGUAGAGGGCAGAUGCUCAAAGGGAGACCAGUGCAAUUUCAGCCAUGAUUUAGGCCCACCAAGAAAGCGGGAGCUCUGCAGAUUUUACUACAAUGGAUUCUGUGCGAAAGCAGAAAAUUGUUUGUACAUGCACAAUGAAUUCCCUUGUAAGUUCUUUCAUACAACUGGAAAUUGUUACCAAGGUGAUGAGUGUAAAUUUUCCCACAGACAUCUAACUGAAGAAACCAGGGAGCUGCUGGACAAGAUGCUAGCCAGUGAGGCAGAAGCUGGGGCAGAGGAUGAGAAGGAAGUGGAAGAACUGAAAAAACAAGGAAUCACUCCCUUACCUAAGCCGCCACCUGGAGUUGGAUUGUUACCCACACCACCUCGGCCUCCAAUGCCACCUCCUUCGAACAUGCCUAAUGCUCCUCGGCCUCCCAUGAUGGGACCACCUCCACCACCUGGUCCCCCACCACCUGGUCCCCCACCAAUAGGUCCUCCACCUCCAGGCCCUCCACCCCCUGGACCACCAUGUCUUCCAGGCCAAAAGAAGAUCCCCUCGCUCUUUGAAAUUGUUGUUCAACCCACUCCACACCUGGCACAUAAAAUGGGAAUGAGGCCACGGUUCCCACCACCGCCCCCUGGAUUCCCAGGGCCUCCAGGACCUCCCGGGCCACCAGGACCACCCAUGGGUCCAGGACCUGCUCCAGGUAUGGGACCAGGUCCCAUGCCUGGCCCAAUUCCUGGACCUAUGCCAGGCUCUGGCCCAGAGGAGAUGUCAUUAGGCCCUGGAAUGAAUCCAGGACCACCAGUAGGAUCAGGCCCUCCAAUAGCACCGUUCAUGCAAGGAGAUCCAGGAAUGAUGCCUCCUGCCCCUUCUGAUCCCAAUUUCUAUGAUAACUACUAUCAACAGCAGGGAGUGCAGAUGGACCUUGGUCAAGAUGGAGAGGAAGGUGCUUUUGAAGAGAUGGACGAAGGAGAUGGCCAGCCAGUUCUGCUGCCAGAUAUUGAGGAAAUGGAAGCUGAGGAGAAUGGAGGUGAUUCAUCCGGUCAGAAAACCAAUGUAAAUAUUCCUGACUUUCUUCCUGCGGCCCAACGAGCACUUUUCCUCCGCAUCCAACAAAAGCAACAGGAGGAAGAGGAGAAGGCAAAGAGGAGAGCAGAGAGCAGCCAACAGGAGAAAGAAAAUGAGGAAGGUGAUGGUGAUAAUUGGUACUCAAGUGAUGAAGAGGAUGGUGGAAGCAGUAUGAGCUCCAUUUUAAAAACACUCCGUCAGCAGUCAGCUAGCAAGUCUCAAGUGCAAGCCCAGAAGAUGGUACAUAACAACAAUGGCAACAGCCAGAAUGCUGUUGAUCCACGCCUUCAGAAAGAGAGGCAGUCAAAUGUGAAUCGACCAGUAGACCCUCGGAUUUCAAGGGACCCCAGGCUUUCUCGAAGCACUGAGAACACAUCAGGAAUUCCUGCUUCCGAAAUGCUUGCUGCAGAAAGCAGGACUGUGACUGUUCUGAAAACAGAUGCCCUUCAUCAGCCAAUCCCUGCCAUUGUAAAACCUCAAGCCGCAGUUAAUGAGGAGGAAGGAGAGAGAAUUCUGAGGGACAGGGCUGUUGCCAUUCCUCUUGAUCCUUUACUGGGUUCCUCACUCAGGGACCCCAGGUGCCAGCUUAAGCAGUUCAGCCAUAUUAAAAUGGACAUCUCUCUGGGUAAACCUCAUUUUGCUAAAAGUGUUUUAUGGAGCCCAGAGGACUUGAUCCCACUGCCUAUUCCUAAACCCGAUCCUGUAGCUGCUCCUGUACCCUUCCCAGUAUUGGAUCCCCGGUUAAACCGUUCUCCACAAACUGGGGGGCCUUCAGACCCCAGGCAGCGCAUUGCUGAACCAGUAGUGGAGCCCCCUCAGCCAGCACCAAGUUCUGCCCUUCCAGACUUGGGCUUAUUGUCCAGACUAUUGAAGAGUGUGGAUGCUUCAGCAACCAAGGUGACCGCACAGAGUGACAAGCCUUCUGACCCCAGGAUGCGAAAGAUGCCUGCGGAUCCAAGACUGCAGAGGUCCACUGCUGGACUCCAAACCUCUAACUCACAAUCUGGAAAACCUGUGGAACAAACUGAGACCCCUACUGCCCCUUUAGGGAAGGAUUUGAGUGCUGGUCUUGCUCCAUAUGAUCCCAGGUUGGUUACUGCUGGUGGUCAGAGCAGAGGAGGAGCUGGAGGACAGAGCAGUAUGCUGACUGGCAUUAGUUUGUAUGACCCAAGAACUCAGAGCACCCAGGGUGCAAAUAUCAGAAGCGUAGAGUCUUCCAGUGAAAGUAACCAGCUGAAAGGGUCAGAAAACCCUAAAAGUACCAGUAAGCCAAAAGAGCCAUUGUUUGUAAGAAAAUCAGCAUUGGAUCAACUGGAAAAUGAUAAGUCAAGUUCAGAAACUUCCACAGACAGAUAUAAUAGUUACAACAGACCUAGGCCAAAACCAGCCACACCUGCUGCCCCCUCACAGGAUUCAGGUCAGACAGGAGUGCAUAGCCUCCCGGUGCCAUCUCUGUUUGGACUGAUUCACCCACAAUUUUCUGAGGUGAAACAAGUCACUAAAUCUGGCUCAGGUAGCCCUUUUGGUGGGAACAGUCCUCAUGAGGAGAGUGAGCAGGACACAACCUCCCUGAAGGAUGUUUUUAAAGGGUUUGACCCAACUGCGUCACCGUUUUGUCAGUAAAUUGUAAAAGGACAGUGAAUGCUGCAUUUAAUCCUGUAUAUUUAACCUCAUAGCAGGGGCUGGACACAGCAUCGGGCAAUGUUUUAUCAUAUUCUUUAACUUCGUAAUUUAAUACAUUGAUAAAUGUGAAUAUGUUUAGAAAACAGGUGAUAGAAUUCACUGAGUUAAAGUUUAGUCUGUUUGGAAGAUAAAAUCUGAAUCCAAAAUGUGAUUCAGGCAGUAGUUCAGACUCUUCAAAAUCAAAACAAGCAAAAAUGUGCUUUUUCCAGCUAUUGAUUUUGAAGCAUUCUUUCUAAAGAAAAGUCAGUCUGUCUAAUAGAUGCUUGUCUGUCACAAAAUACAGAGCUCCCAUUGAUUUGGACAUUUUUGCAUGACUGGAUGCAGUCUUUUAAAAGCAGUGCAGUGUAGUUAAAUGUAGAAGUACAUAAUUGACAUCAAAUGUAUAUACAAUAUGUAAUGAGGUGAAUGGUGAAUUUGGGCAGUACCCUUUGACACGCUUAGGUAAGAAUCUUGUUCUGUGGGUUCCGGAGUUUACCUCCUCCCACUUGACCUGGGGAGGAAGAGGUGGAAGCUGUGAUUUAUCAAAUGAGUAGGCCACCUGCAGCCUCUGCCUCAUCAGCUAUUCCCAGUCUGCGAGGCAGAACUCUCAAAAACCUUUCACACAUAAGGCUGUGAAAUAUUCUGGAAUUAAACAAAGAACCCUAUCAGAAACAUCGAAUAUCUUAAACAUGUAUUUUAAAAAUACAAGCAUAUAUGUACAUAAACUAUACUUUUGCAAAACUGAGGGACAAAAUGUUCAAAAAUAACAUUUUUUUUAUCAAAGAAAAAGAGCUUAUAUUAAAAAAAAAUGAAGCACCCUGUGCAGCCCUGGUACCUGGUUCCCCAGAAACUGUGGCGAGAACUAAUGGUUGUUUGUUAACAUUCCUGGAACAUGUCCAAAUUGGAUAUGUGUCUUCCAGGUUACUAAGGCUUUCACAACUUAAGGAUUCCACUAUCCAUUACAUUUUCACAACUGACUCCAAAUACUGUAUAUUGAAACAUUUCUUCUCUGGAGAAAUUGUACACAAGGUGCUGCUUUGUUUUACUUAUGUUUUAAUAUCUUUAUAUGGUAAAUAUGUACAAAAUGCAGAGGAAAAAGUCAAGCGUUCACAUAGUGUUAGACCUGUUUGUAUCUGUAGCUUAGACACUGAAGAAUCAGAGACUGAUGGAUUAGUGUAGAAUAAUCUGUGAAUAAAAUGUUUUUUUUUCUGUUGUAAUGCUCCCACAUUUCCUAAAGUUGAGAUCAGAUAUAUAGCAACAAAAUAAUUUUGGUUUUAAUAAUACGUGUAAAUAUGUAGGAUUUGCUGAUAAACUUAAUUGUAACAAAGUUUUCACUAACACUGCACUAAUUCCUUGAAAGAAUUAAUUUAUUUUUAUAGUUAUUAUCAGCAGUGUUUUUAUGCACUGGUCCAUCUAGUACCAGUGAGCUAAUUCCCUGUCACAGUGCUGUAAAUUUGAUGCCUUGCUUCCAUGUCAGAUGGUUGUAACUUCUCAGAGUUGCCAAGCCAAUCCAAAUAGACUGAUUACCUUAAUUGGUUUCAACAAGUCACAUCCAAUAUUGUCAUAUCUAGAGACAGGCUAUAGAGCAAAUGCAUUCCCAGAAGAUGCUGCUAAUUUACCAGCAGAGGUGUGUUGACAAGCAAGCAAGAUAGGUACAAAAGUAACGUGCCAGUGUCAUCAAGGUUUAUAUUGCGAUCAGCUAAUGUGUUCACUGUUAACUUUAGGGUUUAGCAUUGCAGGGUUAAUUUUUAGGAUUAUGAGAUAGUGAGGCAUGAGUAAAAGGUUCAAGUACAGCCAAGGUAUCCGCCUCUUUGUGGAGGAGAGAACUUACUCUGAUGAGUUAAUCUUGGGUGUACCUCAGUGCAAAAUAGACAUGAGCUAAGGCCAAAUGGAAUGGGCCUUGUUUUGUUGGGCUACAUUAAAAUCCUGUAGCAUUAUAUAUAAAAUUGAUAACUUAGUAACGUGGAUUUAGACCUGAUACUAGGAGUGCGGAUAGCCAGAUUUCCAAUAUGAAGACUGUGUCUAGAGUUUACAAUGAUGCUGUCUAGAAGAGCAAGAGCUGUAUUAGUUUUGGGAUAGCAAUGACCUUGUACAGUUCUACCAAAUAUAUUUUUGUUAUGCAUGUAGUUUAGUAAAUAAUCUGGAGUGUACUCCAUUGGUGUAAUUAACAUUUAUUGCACAAAGUUGUUUGUUGUUUGACCUUAUGACACCCACCAUUCAGUACCCACUGUGGAGCAGCUGGCUGAUGUCACACAGUGCAAUAUUCUAAGUUGCAUUUACAUUGUGUAUGAACUGUACAAUAUCGGAUACUUUGAACAUUUGACAGGUAUAUUCCAGUAUUUGAGUUCAGAGAGUUAUGAAAUGCAGGAGCACUAAUGCCAUUAGAAGCUGUUGAUCAGGUUCUCAGCCUUUUUAAAUUCACUUCCCAAAUAUUUGUUCUAUAUCAUUAAUAUUUUGGAGAUGAUGUUUUUUUUAAUGAGGUGUAUUUAAAUCUUUUAUGUAUAAAUUACUAAGGGUCUGUAUAAAUUGUUUGCUUUUCUCCAUUUCAAAAUAUGUGUGGGGUAUUUGAAAUGAGCUCUUCUUGGAAACAUAAGAGUAAGCAACAAGCCAUUUAUUAUAAGUAACAACCUUUAGCUGCGGUUUAGUAAUACCCACACUUUAUAUCAACUUUCAUUUGAAGCACAUUUUAUCUUUGGUGCAUGACUGUUAUCACUGAAAUAAUUAUGAAAGUUAACUUAAUUUUACUGAUUUUUAAAGUUUGAUCUAAAUAAGUCUUCCUCUUUUGAGAUGUAAUUCUCUCCAUAACUGAUAUUCAAAAUAGGAAAAUGUCCAGAAAGAUGUAGUUAAUUUGUGAACUUCUUGAAAUCGUGUCCCUUGUACAUCUUUUAAGUGAAUAUGGUCAGUUAUGGUGCCACCUUGUCUUUUUUUCUGACAGUCAUUGAAAGGAGAAGCAAGGUGUAAAUUCUAUACCACGUAUCCAUUCUAUGUUUUCUUUUGUCACAAGAUAACAGUUUUAAUAUACCAAAUAGGAAUAGUUCCAUUUUAAGAAAUUUAAGCUACAAAAGUGGAAAUAAAUUCUUUGCACAGGCAGUAUUAACAAAUAGAAUAUUCAGGAAUGAGAAGUGUAGUUUACGAAUGAAUCAAAUUAACUGGUGACGAAUAAAAUUGCCAUUUGGCUGUUUUCACCAGUCUUACCAGGAUGCCAAUUGUGAUCCAAUUUCGAGAUGAUGUGAAAUAUGAUUUACUCUGGAUCUGUCACGUGUCAGUAAAAAUGCGCUAUCAUCACCAUAUUGAGAAAUUGAACUGCAGUUUAAUAUUUAGGUUGGCUAAAGUUUGUGAUCUCUUUUACUAAGACUGUGACUUCUGAAGUCCCAGAAUGUUGCCUAUUCCAGGAGGUAUCAGAUGGGAUAAUAAGCUGCAUUGUUCAUAACAGCAUCAGUAUGCAGUGUUGGAAUGGGAAGAAAUUGAAGGGCUUCUGCUCAUAAGCUGAGUAGUAUUCAGAAGUUUCACUAGCUUGGAAUGGCAUCUUAUAUAUGGUUUUACAGUGGACAGUAUUAUAAUGGAGCUAUUUAUAUUUGUCAUCUGGGCACUGCAAUCUUACUGCUUGUAACAACCAAUAUCUAACAGAGAAACCACAUACAGUACAAAGUCAGUUGUAAAUGAGCUGAUCUUUGUUUAAAAAUUUAGGGUGACUCUAAAUGAAAAGUAUACUUUGCACAACUGUAUUAUCUCUUAAGUGAAUUAUUUUCGAGUUGCCAAUAUGCAGCCGGUGCUUCCUGUGUGUGUCUAUAUGUGUGCAUCUGCACGCUAUGUGCAGAUGUCUUGAUUAGUUUGUAUUGAAAACACAUUUUAGGAAAUUUAUCCUUGAAUUAUUCAAAUGAGGCUGGUAAGUGAUCAUUUUUUGAAAAGGAAUAGCUUUCAGGAUUACAUGGAGAAGGCAGGAGAACUGCGCUCGGUGAAUUGCUAACUUGGAAAGCUGGUGCAGACAUGAUGGGCUGAAUGGCCUCUGUUGCCAUCAUAAUUCUAUGAAUCUGUAAUUUAGUUAUCAUAGUUAUGCUUUGUUUAAAAGUCCAUCACUCAUUCAAUUCGAGUGUUAAUGACAUCAAAGUAAAUGAGUUUGUUAAAACAGUACAAAGUAAUUUUUGAAAAAAAGAUCAUUAAGUUAAGUUUGCAGGCUUAUACUCCUUGAAGUGUACAGGAUAAAAACCUCGUGGUCAGUAGGCAUUGCUGCUUUAAUUCAAAUCCACUUCGUGACUCUGCUGACUUUUAGUAACAGUAGUGUGUUCAACAGUUUACGAUAUCAAAUUGCACUUGUUUGUAAUAGGUUUAAACAUAUUCCAUAUACUAUGGUGUGCCAAUUCUAAAAUGAAUUAGAAAGAUUUGAGUAGUUCCUUCAAAAUGGAUUGCAGUUGUCUUGAUUCAGAUCUUACAAGUACACACUGAAAUCUUUAUUGUGGAUUGAUUAUUGAGUAGAUUUGGUUGAGACAAAACUGGGAUUUUAAUGGUUUGGCUAAUGUAUAUACACAAAAAUAGUCAACCACAUGUUCUCUUGGGCCAAAUAAAACUUCUGCACUGAUUCCAAAAUAGGUUUUUUAUCUGUUCUGCUAAUAUGGAGAGCAAACAUAGCUAAUAUUUACAAAGUACUUUGCUAUUUGACUUGUGGCAGCUAAAAUUACCACAAAAGAGAUGUACAAUAUACAAAGUGUUGCCUCAUGCUGUGUCCAGCCACUUCACACAGCUCCUACAAAUCUGUUUUCCUUAUAUGUAAAAGAAAAUCAGUCUUUGUAUUUAACUGUCUUUGAAAUGAUCGUAUUAAUUAGUUAACUAUAUAUCUUACUUUAAACAAAAUAUGCUAUUUGAAGAGAGGGAGCAGCAUGCUGAAGAAGCUAAUGUAAGUGUGUUACAUUGCAUCCUUAAACCAUCAAUAUCACAUUUCAUUUGUGAUAGGUAGAUUGUAUUGUCAUGUAUCCUUCAACUUUUUAACCAACAACUAAUAAAACGUACAAUAUUGACAUUUUA